AACAAGAAAUCUCAGUGAUCAUCAUCAUCAAUGGCGACUUCUCUCUUCUUCAUGACAACAGAUCAAAACUCCGUUGGAAACCCAAAUGAUCUUCUGAGAAACACCCGUCUUGUCGUCAACAGCUCCGGCGAGAUCCGGACAGAGACACAGAAGAGUCGUGGUCGGAAACCAGGAUCGAAGACAGGUCAGCAAAACCAGAAGAAACCGAAGCUGAGAGGAAUGGGUGUAGCAAAGCUCGAGCGUCAAAGAAUCGAAGAAGAAAAGAAGCAACUCGCCGCAGUCGGAGACACGUCAGCAGCAUCGAUCUCUAACAACGCUACCCGUUCACCCGUACCCGUAGACCCGGGUGUUGUGCUACAAGGCUUCCCAAGCCCACUCGGAGGAUGCAGAAGCAACAGGAUCUAUUGUGGUGGAGUCGGGUCGGGUCAGAUGAUGAUCGACCCGGUUUGUUCUCCAUGGGGUUUUGUUGAGACCUCCUCCACUCAUGAGCUCUCUUCAAUCUCAAAUCCUCAAAUGUAUAACGCCUCUUCUAAUAAUCGCUGUGACACUUGCUUCAAGAAGAAACGUUUGGAUGGUGAUCAGAAUAAUGUAGUUCGAUCCAACGGUGGUGGGUUUUCGAAAUACAGAAUGAUUCCUCCUCCGAUGAACGGCUACGAUCAAUAUCUUCUUCAACCAGAUCAUCAUCAGAGGAGCCAAGGUUUCCUUUAUGAUCAUAGAAUCGCUAGAUCAGCUUCAGUUUCUGCUUCUAGUACUACUAUUAACCCUUAUUUUAAUGAGGCGACAAACCAUACGGGAUCAAUGGAGGAAUUUGGGAGCUACAUGGAAGGAAACCCUAGAAAUGGAUCAGGAGGUGUGAAGGAGUACGAGUUUUUUCCGGGAAAAUACGAUGAUUUCUCGGGAAAAUAUGGUGAAAGAGUUUCAGUGGUGGCUACAUCAUCAGUCAUCCACCAUCCUUCCUCUCCUCGUCACUCUCACCACCACUCUUCCUCUACUCCUUCCGCCGCUACUCCUACCCCAACCGCCGGUGCUCGCCGUAAGAUCGGAGUCGCCGUUGACCUCUCCGAAGAAAGCGCCUUCGCUGUUCGCUGGGCUGUCGAUCAUUACAUCCGUCCCGGUGACGCCGUCGUCAUUCUCCACGUUUCUCCAACCUCCGUUCUCUUCGGCGCCGAUUGGGGACCACUCCCUCUCCAAACUCCUCCUCCUCCUUCCGCCGCUACCGAUCCCGGAGCUCAACCGAAACCUAGUCAGGAAGAUUUCGAUGCGUUUACUUCUUCCAAAGUAGCGGAUCUAGCGAAGCCAUUGAAGGAAGCUGGGUUCCCUCAUAAGAUCCAUAUAGUGAAAGAUCACGAUAUGAGAGAGAGGCUUUGUUUAGAGACUGAACGGCUUAAUCUAAGCGCUGUGAUAAUGGGAAGCAGAGGAUUUGGUGCUGAGAAGAGAGGAAGUGAUGGCAAGCUUGGCUCUGUUAGUGAUUAUUGUGUUCAUCAUUGUGUUUGUCCUGUUGUUGUGGUUAGAUAUCCUGAUGAUCGUGAUGGUCCUCCUCCUCCUGGGAAUGUUGGAGCUACGAGAGAAGCUAUUGUGACUGUUAAAUCACGUAGGGAUGAUGAUGAUGAUGAUGAAGAUGAUGAUGAGACUAAGAUUGCUGCUGCUGUUUCUGAUCAUCAUGAACACAUCAAAGGUCAGGAUCAUUCAUUUUUUUCUCUUGUGGUUUUCGUAUUCACUUGCACCGUUGACUUGUUGAUGUAUAUGUUAGCUUAGUGUAACAGAGAGAUAUCCAUAGAUGGGAACUUGAAAACUUAGAUUUUUCCAUGGAUUCGUUUCCACAAGUUAGAGUAUUGUGAUGUUUAAUUCUGUUCAACUAUUGAUUUUUCUUGUUAAACUCUGUUUCAGCUUGUACUUAUCUAACUUUCUGCUUUAGUAUCGAAAAGUAACAAUGAUAUUUUAUUCUGUUAUUCGUUUCUCUUCUCAAGAUUCCAUUUUUUCUUCAUUUGCUUUGUUGAGUGUUUGCUAUUUCCGUUGCCUUUUUUUAUGAUUAUCUUGAAAAUUAGGCAGAUUUCCACUGCAAGUGGUUCAAAUGAGCUUCAACAUUUUCUUCAAUUCAUGAUUUUCCUAGUCUGCUUUGGCUCUUCUUUGCUAACCACUGCUUGUGUUUCAAUUCGAAUAUUCUUGAAACCUCCUAGUAUAGAAGAUAAUUGCUUUUGGCCCACCAAGAAAAGUUUGUUUUUAUGAUUGUUUUCUAUCUUUUCUCUGGCUUGGAGUAAUAGUAAGCAAAGUAUUACAAUUCUUGACUUGAUAAAGAAGAGAAGAAAUGAAUCCCUGAGCUCCCUCCCUGGCUUCACUCCUUUAGUAAAUUUUAGUGAAAACAUGCAUCUGGUGGAAUAUUGUAAACUCUGUUGCCUGUAAUAUGAAUGUAAAUAAGUAUCUUCUAACUUU